AUGUCCAUUAACUACAGCCAAAGCCACCAUCUGCACAAGUCACACCGUUCGCACCAUUCGAGCUUCUCGGGCACCCCUCCACAGAACGUGGCCUACGCAGGCGGUUAUACCAGUGGCGGUUACGUUGCCACCCGCCCGCCCGCAGGGCCACCCCCAGGUUCGGACCCUCAGCUGUGGCAAUGGUUCUCCGCGGUCGAUACAGAUCAUUCGGGGGCGAUCAGUGUGAACGAGCUGCAGGCUGCUCUUGUGAAUGGAAAUUGGACAAGAUUUGAUCUUGACACUGUAAAGAUGUUGAUGAACAUCUUCGACACCGAUCGUAGCGGCACAAUUGGGUUUUCUGAGUUUUCCGGCCUCUGGAAAUAUAUACAAGACUGGCAGAACGUGUUCAGACAUUUCGAUCGUGACCGGUCUGGAUCCAUCGACGGCCACGAACUAGCAGAAGCUUUGCGUAGUUUCGGGUACAAUUUAUCGCCUAAUAUCUUGACCUUAAUCGAGCAGAAGUACGCAUCUGGUCCGUCAGCUGAGUAUGGCCCCCCACCAGGAAUUACAUUCGAUCGCUUCGUGCGUGCCUGUGUAGUCGUUAAAUCCUUGACGGAAGCGUUUCAACGGGCUGACACCAACCGCGAUGGGUGGGUUCAGUUCAAUUACGAGCAAUUUAUGCAGAUUGUCCUCAGCGCACCUUGA